AAUCACAACAGUCGCAGUCACCGUCGACGAGAACCCAGAGCAAUCCAGCCGGAAUGGAGAAGAUCGUCGCAAUCCUCGGCCUUGUGGCCUUAGUGGCCGGAAACCCCGUGGACCGGGCAAUCGGGUCGCUCGAUCUGAGAUUAGACGGCCGCAUCGUCGGCGGCGAGGCGACUGUGAUCGAGCAGGCCCCGUACCAGGUCAGCCUGCAGCUCUCCGGCAGCCACUUUUGCGGCGGGAGCAUAAUAGCGAAGAACUGGGUGCUGACCGCGGGCCACUGCGCCACCUACGGGGCCAGCUCCUACCAGAUCAAGUCCGGCGCGACGCAUGUCAACCAGGGCACGCUGCACCGAGUGCAGCAGGUGAUCAGGCACAAGGGCUACAACAGCAACUCGCACGGCGUGCCGAACAAUGACAUCGCGCUGCUGAAACUGGUCGCCUCGGACGCGUUCGAGUUCAACGAUAAACGCAAGGCUGUCAGCCUAAAUCAGGGCGAUUCCGCGCGUCUGGUCGGCAAGAACGGCCUCGUCACCGGCUGGGGAACCACCAACUCCGGCACCCCGAAGAUCCUGCAGAAGGUCACCGUGCCCUUAGUCAAGAAGGACGUCUGCAACAGGGCCUACGCCAGCUGGGGAGGCGUUCCAACCGGGCAACUCUGCGCCGGAUACGACGCGGGCGGCAAAGACUCCUGCCAAGGCGACUCUGGCGGUCCAAUGGUUGUCGACGGAAAGCUCACCGGCAUCGUUUCCUGGGGCAAGGGCUGCGGCACCCCCAAAUACCCCGGAGUCUACACCGACGUGGCCUACUACCGCGAAUGGAUCCGACAGAACAGCGGCGUUUAAACGAUACCGGACGACGAUACCAGAAAACGAUACCUCGAGAACGCGGCCGCCGGCGUUAACAAGAUGACGCGACCGAUGCAUCGAACAACCACGGGCGAACACUCGGCUUACCCUAAGUCCCGAUCGCCAGGACUUACGGUAAGCCGAUUUAGCGAUGCCUCGCAGUAGCUUUAAGAAUAAAGUAUGAACCACGACAUUAUUUAUAAGCGCAUGCGAUAGAUGGAAAAGCGGAGCAACCCUUGCAAUGCGUGUCCUGUGUAAAUAGACACAAUCUUGCCAAUAAAAAUGACCUAUUGUUAACUA